AAUCCGACCCAAGGAUAUAGCUCAGUGUUAGGGUGCCUGCCUGCAUGAGGCCCUAGCCCAGCACCCCUCUCCAAACAAAUAGAGACAAAUUCAAAUAUCAAUCAAGUUCCAACGAGUUUUCUGGGCAUCUUUCCACUUCUAUUCUUCACACUAACAUGGCUACCUGUAGCAUUUUUUACUGUGUGUGGGCACUUAAUUCUUCCAGUUAAGACCCUCAAUUUCCUUAGGGGAACAAUUUUAUGUUCAUAUCAUAUUACGGAAAGAUGUUGACGAUUGAAAUAAUUGUUGUGAAUAAACAUUUACUAAGAGGUACUAGCUGUAAGAGAAGUCCUGACUAGAGAUGCUUCAUUUGUAAUUUGCUCUCUGUGUGCUAAAUGUGGUGCUAGUAAUUUUGUGGGAUGCCCAUUAAAUCCUAAUUAAUGGGCAUCUUUGGCGCCAGGGCAAUCAUAUUUUCUUAGACCUAUAACGUGGUGUAAAUAACUGAUGCCAUCUAAUCUCCCUGUCUCCUUUCUGAGAAUUUUGGUCCUUGAACUGGUUGGUUUGGCAUUCCCGUUUCCAUAGAAACAAGCGCACUUGUAGGAAAACAGGAUGUUCGGGUUUCACUUCCGGUUCACGCCGGAAGUUGACUCGGCCGUCCGCACAUGGGUGGCCCUAGGGAAGAUGCCGCUCUUGGUGUUUUGCGGGUUGCCGUCGAGCGGCAAGAGCCAGCGGACAGAAGAGCUACGCCGGGCGCUGGCCGACGAGGGCCGCACGGUGUACGUGGUGGACGACGCCUCGGUGCUGGGCGAUCAGGAAGCGACGGUGAGGGCGUACGGUGACCCUGCCGGUGAGAAGGCGCUGCGUGCAGCGCUGCGGGCCGCGGUGGAGCGCCGCCUGAGCCGGCAGGACGUUGUCAUCCUGGACUCCCUCAACUACAUCAAGGGCUUCCGCUACGAGCUGUACUGCCUCGCGCGGGCCGCGCGCACCCCGCUCUGCCUGGUUUACUGCAUACGCCCGGUCUGGCCGAGCCCUAGACCUCAGGGGCCUGAGGCCGCAGAGAACCGCGACCCGGCGACUGUCAGUGUGAGCUGGAGGCCGCGCGCUGCGGAGGGCGAAAAACCUCGGGUGGCCGGCGCCCUGGGGGAACAGCGCCCCGCCAGCCUGUUAGAAAAUGGGGCUGCCCUGCCGGCCCUCCCCAGGGAACUGGAGCCGGAGGAAAUCCUGCAAUCAAGUCCUCCAGCGGGUGUAACUCCGGAAUCUGAGAAAUCUGUGAAGCCUGCUUCCAGUGCCUUUCCUCCCGAACUUCUGGAGUCCUUAGCGCAGCGCUUUGAGGCUCCUGAUUCUAGGAACCGCUGGGAUCGACCUUUGUUCACCGUGGUGGGCUUUGAAGAGCCAUUGCCUCUGGCUGAGAUCCGAUCUGCACUGUUCGAGAACCGGGCACCCCCGCCCCAUCAGUCUACGCAGUCCCAGCCCCUGUCCUCUGGAAACUUUCUGCAGCAGCUGGAUCAGGCCACGAACCAGGUGUUGAGUGCCGUGAUGGAAGCACAGAAGGGUGCCGUACCCGGAGACGUGUUAACACUUCCUGGCACCACGGAGCACCUCCUGUUUACCCGGCCCUUGACCAUGGGGGAACUGAGUCGUCUCCGUUGCCAGUUUAUUUCCUACUCAAAAAUGCAUCCCAACAACGAGAACCUACCUCAGCUGUCCAAUAUGUUUCUAAAGUAUCUGAGCCAAAAUUUGCCCUAAUAGAGGCACUGGGAGGCGGCGAUGGUUCCUGUCUAAAUUGCACUGUACUUCGUCCGGGAAGAAUAGUGUGAAGGUCUACAGAGCCUACUGUACUAGGGUUGCUGGGGUUAACUGACUCAAUUUCCUGGCCACCACUGUGUGUGUCACGCCUGUGUGUAUAGCAUAAACUAAGACAUAGGAGUAGUAGCUCCAGAAGUCUCAGGUCGGCAGUUUUUCUUUGGUUGGACUCUGCCUGGGGAUAUUUGGAUGGAGGAGAAUUGUUUUAAGUCAACUGUGAGUAGAAGACGAAGAUACAGUUUUGUAAGGCCCUUUCAUAUUACAAAUAUAUUUGAGUAUAGUACUUCUUGCUAUCUAUUCAGCAUCAUGGAACACAGAUACGCUUUUUGUUCUGGGGAAACUGAUAUUUGUAUAAGACAACCAUUAGUUAUUUCCGCUAAUAAAAGUUUUCAAAGUUGUCUGCUGGACUCUUAAUGUAAUUUAAUGUUCUCACUGUAACUUAAUACUUUACAUGAGUCGUGGCAUAUCUUUGGCUGAUAGUGUUUUUUAUAUGAGAGGCUCAAUUGCUUGGUCUUUAUAUUUUGGCACCUUCCAUAGCAAUUGUGCUUCAUCGUAUAUUUCGAGGCAAGCAUCACUAAUCUUAAUUUUGUUGGUAACAGACAGUAAAUACUGGAUUCCCGUUAUCCGUAUGAUUUUUCAGACUUGGCUUUGGUCUUGAGUAAUUGUUUGUGUGGAAUGCUUAAUUGGAUGAAGGGUGGCCGUCACAGAGCCUGUGAGGAUUAACUAGCUGCUGGGAGAAGGUGCUUUUGGGAGACUAGAAAAGUUAGUAUUUGAAAUGUAGCUGUAGAAAAAUGGUCAGCAAACGUGUUCAGUCUAGAUGACUCUUGUAAAUGAAGGACACUGACUGCAACGUCCAAAAAGAACACUGGUUUGGGAAUCAGUCUUUUUGUUAGCUUAUAAAUGACAGAACUUAAGUUUCAUGUGGUCAGUUAAUAUCGGGAGUCUUGAUCUUUCUGGGUGGGGCUGGGGAUUGAACCCAGAACCUUGUACAAGAUGGGCAAGUGCUCUGCCAUUAAACUACAUCACAGAUUAAUGUUUUCAUUUCUAUGAGACCAUUAACAGUAUCCACCCUAGAUAAGUGUGUUGGAGUAUGCUUGUAAUCCUAGCACUCAGGAGACUGAGGCAGGAGGAUUGCCAUGAGUUUAGGCCAGUUCAGGUUACAGAGUUAGAGACCCUAAAUCUAAAGUAAAAUCACAAUGAGAUGGCCAGUCAUGCAUCCAAGCCUAACAAACAGUCCAACUUCAAUCCCCAGGACUUACACCAUGAAAGGAGAGGACCUCUGAUCUCCAGUGUACUUGCUCUCUCCCUUCCUUGCUUGCUUGGUCUCCUUUCGUCCCUGGAGCGUGCAAGGCUCGCACACACUGAAAUAAACAUUAUUACGGCAGGUGGUGGUGGCACACGCCUUUAAUUCCAGCACUCAGAGGUAGGCAGAUCUCUGAGUUCAAGGUCAGCCUGAAUAUAUGUUCCACACUCCAGGAAAUUACUUAUUGGGGUGGAGGUCUCACUAUGAACCCUUAGUUGGCCUGCAACUCAUUAUUUAGACCAAACUAGCGUUCAGAUUCAGAGAUCAGCCUCCAGACUGCUGGCAUUAAAGCCAUGUGUCAUGAUGCCUGGCUCAUAAUUGUAAUUUUUAAAGUUUCUCCCCUAGGGUUUGUGGGGCUGUGUAGUUUAAUGCAUCAUAGUUAUGGUCACCUACAUCCUGCCAUCUACGUACACUUGUCCUUCUCAUGUGGGUUUAUAAGCUUUUACAGACACCAAAGUCAGAAGUCAGUCCAUUCAGAUUCUCAGUACGCCUGAGGUGAGGUAGAUGGUAACCUAACGCUUACUAAUCAUGUACAAUAGCACUGGUACAUAGUGAAUACUGUGUGCUUGAUGUCAGUGAUACUGUAUGUGUGGAUAUAGGGGAGGUAAAGACAGCUGAGAACACCUUGUCUCAGGAAUUCUAGGUGUAAUAGAGAAGCAUUUUACCCACUGAACCAU